AUGGGUCAAAAGCAACAGCUCAUAGAGACGAUGCAGCUGGAGAUUCGUGAAAAGAUUCAGCAAGUCACGCAGCCCGUUGCGCGUUUGAGUGCGCUUGAGACCUCGGUGUCUCUGAUUCAAGGGCAGCAGGGGGAACUGAGUGCGUCACUUCAGGGCGUGGUCAACAUGUACCAGGCUUGUCCAGAACAUGUUGGCUCAAUGGACAAAGUCGCUGUUGCGGCCUUGCUUCAGCCGAUUCAACAGUGUCAACAGCAGCAGGCCAAAGAGUUGCAGGAGCUGAAAACGAUGAUUCUGGAGCUGAAAAACAGCGAGACCUCUGAGACCUCUGAGGCAGGGGCUGCCCGGCGUGAAGUUGCGACGGUGGCGGAUGCUUUGAGUAUGCUUUGCACAAAAGUGGAUGAGCUUUCCAGCGCUGGUGAGGGAGACCGCCAUGGCGCUGAACUAGGCGCCAUUUCAAAGGCAUUGGCUUCCUUAACCGAGCGCGUGGAUCAGAUCGAAGGGAAAGGCACCUUGGAGGCGCACCCAACGCCCUCCAGUGCCUCCUCACAGACGACCCGAGAGCAGCGACCACGAGCUCCGAGUCCGAGGAGGUGGCUGCAGGAGCCUCUCUUUGUGUCGGUGGGACGAAGGUCUGAGGUGCCCGGCAGCUUGGCAGAGAGGUUGGGCGAUUGGAGUCAUGGGAGCCCAGUGCCACCGGGAUUAAUUGGUUUAACAUGGUUUAACUAUGUUUGA